CAAGUAUCGUUACACUAAUAAGAAUCAAUAACCAUUUUGCGUUCUGUCACAAUAGUUGUCCAAUUUUGUUCCGCCGCUCGCCUGGCAUUUUGGGAAUAACACAUCAAAAUGCCAAAGGCCAACUUCACCUUAGAAGUGGACAGCAGCGAGUCCACCAAGCGACGUCGCGGUGUCCGCUGCAGUCCGUUUGCCCUUUUCUUGUUGACGCUGGUAUUAGUCAGUGCGGUUGCUGUGAUUAUCGUGUUGUCGGUGUUUUUUGUACAGCAGAAUGAGGAUAUUCUUGAUCUUCAAAACCAAAUAAACCGGAUAAACGCCUCCACUCCCGUGAUAGUCCCGCCCACAUCUCCGCCGCAGACAAUCUGGCCCAAUUACCGUCUGCCCAGCGAUCUCAUUCCCAGCCAUUACGAUCUCAAUCUGCAGGUCUUCCUGCCCUACACGGAUGCCGAAGCCGACCGGCCCAAUGCGUUCACCACGCGGGGCACGGUCAGCGUGGAGUUUGAGUGUGUCGCCGAGACGGAUCUCCUCGUGCUGCACAGCUGGGAUAUAGAUAUCCGCGUUAAACACCUGCAGAAUGCCACCCACACGGUGCCGCUGCAGCGGCAGAUUGUCUAUGAUCCCGUGCGGCAUUUGGUUAUUAUGCGUGCCGAUGAGCGGCUGGUUCGUGGCGGAAAAUAUACGCUCAUGAUGGAAUAUGAAGGGCAAAUUGUCGGAGAAAAUCAGGGAUUCUAUCGCAGCUUCUACGAGAUCAACGGCGAAAAGCGGUGGUUGGCAACUACCCAGUUCCAACCGUACAAAGCACGUCGAGCGUUCCCAUGUUUCGAUGAACCGUCGUUCCGCGCCACCUUCGACAUCACCAUUAAGCAUGACAGCCGACACACCGGAACGUACAGUGUGCGUCGCAUUACCAACACCACGCAUCUGGUGGACGGCUGGACCGAGACGACCUUUGAACGGACUGUCAGAAUGCCAACGUACCUGUUGGCGUUUAUUGUCAGUGAUUUCGCACGAAACAACACUGCCAUGGAGGAUGGCGUUGAUUUUGGCGUUAUUUCACGGCCGGAUGCAAUAGAAGAUGCCAGCUUAGCUCUGCGCACCGGUGUCAAUAUGACCACAUUUGUUGGACGCGAUCUCUUCGAUAUGCCGUAUAAGGACUACAACUCCAAACUUGAUAUGGCUGCCGUUCCGGAUUUCGAUGCCGGUGCUAUGGAAAACUGGGGUUUGAUCAUUUACCGUGAAGUGUACAUGCUGCAUCGUGUGGGCAUUACAUCAGCAGAAGAUAAGAAGCAGAUUGUCCGCAUUGUGGCCCACGAACUGGCUCACAUGUGGUUUGGUAACGCAGUAACCUGCUCAUGGUGGUCGGAGAGUUUCCUCAACGAAGGCUUUGCCACGUUUAUGGAAUAUCCGCUAACUCAUCAUGCCAAACCGGAAUGGAAUAUCCCAACACUCUUCACUGCGACAGACACACGAGUCGCGUACGACACCGAUUCUUACGAAUCUUCCAUUCCACUGUUCCGUGAAGUCAACACGCAGGCUGAGAUUUCCGACAUGUUCGGUCGCAUUACCUAUCAAAAGGGCGGAGCGGUUAUUCGUAUGAUGGAAGGUGUAAUGGGCACCAGUGAUCUUUAUGCUGCCUUGAAAUCGUAUCUCCACCGUAUGAGAAACGACAGCAUCACCACUUAUCCGGAUUUAUUGCGCGCUCUGACUGACCAUUUAGUUGGUAAACCACAUUUUGCUAACAUUACCGAGCGCUUCGACAAGUGGAUCACCACCAGCGGUUUCCCCUUGGUUACUAUUCGGCGCAAUGGCAAUACGUUGUCCCUCAGUCAGGAGCGCUUCUUGUUGGGUAACAGUUCGGAGAAUGCCACCCGGCAGAUAUGGCAUGUGCCGAUCAGCUAUGUGACCAGCUUGGAUGCUAUUACCGAGGAGAAUCGGGUUCAGUUGAUUCGACCUAAGCUCUGGCUGGAAAACAAAACCGCUGAACACACCUUAACCGGUGAGAAUAUCAGCUGGAUCUUGGCCAAUGUGGAGCACUAUGGUUAUUACCGAGUUAACUACGACAGCGACAACUGGGAUAAGCUGACGGAGCAGUUGAAAACCAACCAUCAGGUCAUCAGCGUAUACAGUCGCACCCAGUUGAUUGACGACAGUUUUAACCUCGCCAGGAAGGGUGCUUUAAAUUACACCGUGCCCUUUAAGAUUUUAUCGUCUUAUAUGCAACGAGAAAAUGCGUAUGCACCGUGGUACGCUGCUUUGGAUAAUCUACAGUAUCUGGACAUAAUGAUGGGCACGCAGGAGGCAUUCAAAAACUACACAUCGGCUCUCUUUCAGCAUCAUUAUAGCGCUGACUUCUGGAAUACCAGCACUGUGUGGCGUGAUGAAGAGCACGAAGACUACCAAGAACUAAUGCUAAAUCGUUUAUUUGUGGAGCAGUCGUGCUACUACGAACAUCAAGGGUGUGAGGAGCAUGCAAGACAGGAGUUUGUCAAAUGGCAGGCCGAUCCCGCUAACAAACCAGUGGAUCCCCAUUUGCGCGAUCAAGUUUUCUGCUACGGUAUGCGCAACAACGCUACCAACGAUACGGAUUUCGAUUUUAUGCUGCAACAGUACCGUGCUGCCGAAGUGCAUAAUGUCAAGUUGGCCGUGCUGCGCGGAUUGGCCUGCAGUCGGCAGCAAGCGAUGAUUGAACGAUUAUUGAAUUUAUCUUUGGACACAACCAUCAUUCGUUCACAAGAUCAGGCAUACGUAUUCCGGUAUUUGGUUAAAUUUUUCCUGGGAACAGAAACUGCCUGGAAAUUCUUGAGAGAAAACUGGAAUGCCUUCUCUAAAAGUUUGUCGAGGAACGAUAUGGUCACUAGUGUCUGCACCAAGUUCGACACACCAGCACAGCUCGCAGAGGUCGAAGCUUUCUAUGCCAGCCUCGGACCAAAUAUUGAGGAAAAGCUGGCCUUCGAGUCGGCAAUAACCAAAAUCAAAGCCAAUAUUGAGUGGCUGCGAACGUAUCAGCAAUCGGUGUUGGACGCACUGGUCACUGCAGAAGCCCCGUAAAUGAGCGCCGAUUUUGUAAAUUUUAGCAUCGUGUGAUAAAAGCCAUUGUUUAUGGAUUUCGAAGUUCUAAGUCAACGCUUUUACAUCCUACUGUAUAUGUUCUGUUACUUUAAUACAUAUGGUGCAGUUUAAUAAAUCAUGUCAAAAUAACACAAACUGCACUCGGUAUCUAAAAAAAGACUUUAUGUCUUACGCAGACAGAAAACCGAUUUGUAAAACAACGAAAACAUUUUAGGUGGUGCACUACUGAUUUAUUGCAAAGCAUUCUAAACAUAUU